AUGUCAACCACAUCGGAGAAUCCCGACACGACGCUCUACAAAGUCACCUUCUACGUCCCUCAAUCUCAUACACAGCAGUGUCUCGAUGCACUAUGGUCCACCGGUGCAGGACAGUGGCCCAACGGUCCCGGGGUAGACGCUAGCGAGCCCCCAAAGUACACGGACACGGCCUUCGUCAGCCCUGGAACGGGCCAGUUCAAAGUCGCACCCCAUGCAACUCCGCAUAUCGGAACCCCUGGGAACGGACAGCCCGAGUACGUGAGUGAAGACCGCGUGGAAAUGUUGAUUGUCGGAACGACGACAGCGAAGCGCGCCGUCGCCACACUGAGAGAGGCGCAUCCAUAUGAAGUCGUUGCACUUUUCGUGACGCGAUGCGAGGACUUCUGA